AGUGGGCAAAGAGGCCACCCAUAAGAGAGAGAGAAGAGAACACACAGAGAGAAAGAAAGAGAAAAGAGUUGUGGGUUUGAAGAAGAGGAGAGGUGAGUCGGGUCACUUCAGACCUCAGUCGGGUCUGGUUCUGUUACUGGGGCAUGGAAGAGCUGGCCAUGCUCAGGCAGCUCAUCGGUCAGCUUCAACAACUUCUACAGCUUUAUGGUUCAUUUCCUCCUCAAAAUAACAACAAUCAUCUUCCUCAUUACCUCUAUUUUCACUAUUAUCAACAAGAACAAGACCACCACAACCACCUUAACAGAUGGUGUUUCCCAAAUAUUGAUGACAGUUCUGCAGAUGAUUAUUAUCCUCUUGUGAUGGCGGCUGGAAAAUCUGGAAGUUGUAAGAUGUUGGAAACUUUCAAACCACUACCCACCAAGAAAUCUCGGAAGGAGCGGAACCGAGGAAAAUUACCUGGAACAACCAAUGCAUCUGAGGUUAUGGAACAAGAAAUUUGGAAAGAGUUCCCGGAAGACCUUUUUGAAGCUGUCAUUGCAAGACUUCCUAUUGAUACAUUUUUCCGCUUCCGCUCAGUUUGCAAGAAAUGGAAUUCCUUGCUGAAUUCUCAAAGUUUCUCUCAGCAUUGUGCUGAGGUUCCACCAGCCCAUCCCUGGUUUUACACGAUCACUCAUGAAAAUGUGAAUUCUGGAGCCAUGUAUAAUCCUUCCCUGAAGAAAUGGCACCAUCCCACUAUUUCCUCUCUACCCACUAAGAUGAUCAUCUUGCCAGUUGCAUCGGCAGGGGGCCUAGUGUGUUUUCUUGACAUUGGUCAUAGGAACUUCUAUGUAUGCAACCCUCUAAAUCAGUCUUUCAAAGAGUUGCCUUCUAGGUCAGUUAAGGUCUGGUCCCGUGUUGCUGUAGGGAUGACUCUCAAUGGAAAUUCCACAAGUUGUGGCUACAAGAUCUUAUGGGUGGGGUGUGAUGGUGAGUAUGAAAUUUAUGACUCAAUAAAGAACUCAUGGACACGACCGGGAAGCAUGCCUUCUUAUAUGAAGCUCCCACUAUCACUAAACUUCCGAUCACAAGCAGUUUCACUUGAUGACACGCUUUAUUUCAUGCGAUCAGACCCCGAAGGGAUAGUGUUCUAUGAUAUGAUUACCGGUGUAUGGAAGCAGUUCAUAAUCCCAGCCCCACCGCAUUUAACCGACCACACGCUUGCAGAGUUUGGGGGCCGGAUCAUGCUUGUGGGUCUGCUUACGAAGAAUGCUGCCACAUGCGUGUGCAUAUGGGAGCUGCAGAAGAUGACUCUCUUGUGGAAGGAGGUUGACAGAAUGCCAAACAUAUGGUGCUUGGACUUUUAUGGGAAGCACGUUAGGAUGACUUGCCUGGGCAACAAAGGUUUGCUCAUGCUGUCAUUGAGAUCCAGACAAAUGAAUAGACUAGUUACUUACAAUGUGAUGAGCAGGGAAUGGCUAAAGGUUCCUGGAUGUGUGGUGCCUCGUGGGAAAAAGAGGCAGUGGAUUGCUUGCGGCACUGCCUUUCAUCCUUGCCUCACUGCAACUGCUUAGGUGAGCUUUUCUUUCUGGUUCGGGCAGCAAUGGCAUGUCAGAGACGAGGUUUUUUUAUCCCAUCUGGAAUUUGUUUUAUGCUUGGUUGGGCUUUAUAUGGUUGUACGCUGCCCGAAUUUCUAGGUUUUCAUUACCAAGUGAUCGGAAACAAUGGGAUGCUGUAUGGUGAUAGGACCUUUUUCUUCCCCUGUACAAACUUGUGGAGGCAUUACUUUAAUUUAAGAAAGACGAAACUUAUAUUUGAUGUAGUGAAUGAUUAUCAGCUAUGUCAUGCGCAUCAAAUUCAACCAUUACAUAAUAAUAUAUUAUUUUAAUAUUUAA